AUGGCCGCCGACGAAAUGCAGUCUCGAUUCGCUCCCAACGGGGCCCUGGAGCCAGACGUCCUCGGCGAGCUCCAGUCCAUGGCGCGGCUGCACGACAUCUCGGCCGAGGACCUCUACUUCAAGUGGGAGUCGUACUGCAUCAAGAUGGACGCGGACGCGCAGGCGGUGACGCUGGACGGCGUGCGCGGCCUGAAGCAGAGCAUCCAGGACGAGCUGGAGAAGUCGCAGCGGCGGGUGCAGCUCAAGAGUGAGAGGAAGAGCGCGCCGACACCGAGGCCCAAGGCGGGCGGCAGGGGAGGAGGCGACGUGUUUGGUAUGCUGGACGGAUUGGUGCCGAGCACGCCUGGGUCUGGUGCGAGGUUGCUGAACAGCAGCAGCAAGACGCCGGGGAGUGGGGGACAGCAGCUCAGGAGGAGGAUGGAGAUGCAGAGGGACAUUCCGAGUUCGCCGGCGGCUGGGCUCAAUGAGCAGCUCAAAUCGAUGCAACUCCCGGCGACGUCCUUUGCUGAUCGACAGAAUGCCGGAGACGUGGUGGAAAUCCUGAACGAGGAGCUUCCGCCUGCCGAAGCGCCGAUUGCGCCUUUUCCCGAGCCGAGAAUCAAGCUUACUGCUGCCUCUGACCAGAAGAAGACGGGCUACAAGCCGCUUGCGAUGAAGCUGUCGGAGGCGAGCGAGAUCCUGGACGACCGAAUCGACGACUUCAUUGAUCUUGUCCGCGAGCACCACAAUCUGGAGGACUCUGCCUUUGGCAACGCGGCGACCGCAAGCACAACCGAGGUGGUGGCUGUAGGCCGCAUAGCGUCGGACUCGCUCGAGGGGAAGAUCAACGCCGCGUCGAUAGUGCUGGAGACGUCCAGGCGGACGGGCAGGGGCCUGAGAGUGCCGCUCAAUCUGGAUGCGGUCCGAAUCUGGAGCUUCUUCCCGGGCCAGAUUGUCGCGCUCAGGGGAAGCAACAUCACGGGGGACGAGUUUAUCGUCAAAGAGAUUCUGGAGUUGCCUCUUUUGCCGAGCGCAGCGUCCAGCCGUGCGGCCCUGGAGGCUCACAGGGAGAAGCUCAGGGGCGACCCAGACGCCAUGGACUCAGACUCAGAGCCUGCGCCGCUCAACAUCAUCUACGCAGCCGGGCCAUACACGGCCGAUGACAACCUCGACUAUGAGCCGCUGCAGGCGCUCUGCAAUCAGGCAGCCGACACAUAUGCCGACGCCCUUGUUCUCACAGGGCCGUUCCUCGACAUUGAUCAUCCGCUUAUUGCUACGGGUGACUUUGACCUCCCUGAAGAGGCAUCAUAUGACCCCGAUACCGCCAACAUGAAUACCGUCUUCAAACAUCUCGUCGCGCCCGCGCUAAACCGCCUUGCCUCUGCCAACCCUCAUCUCACAGUCAUUCUCGUCCCUUCGGUGCGCGACGUCCUCAACAAGCACGUCUCCUGGCCCCAGGACACCAUUCCCCGACGAGAGCUCGGCCUGCCCAAGUCGGUGCGCAUCGUUUCCAAUCCAAUGACCCUGUCCAUGAACGAGGUGGUCGUCGGAUUGUCUAGCCAGGACGUGCUCUACGAGUUGCGGAGCGAGGAAGUCUCCAGAGGGGCGCCGGCGGGAGACCUCAUGAGAAGGCUGUCCCGCCAUCUGAUCGAGCAGCGGCACUUCUUUCCCGUGUUCCCGCCGACGGACCGGUCGAGGCUGCCCAGGACGGGAACAGAGGAAGGGCUCGCGACGGGGGCUAUGCUGGAUGUGAGCUAUCUCAAGCUGGGCGAGAUGGUGAGCACGCGGCCUGAUGUGCUGCUGAUGCCCAGUUCACUGCCUCCUUUUGCAAAGGUCGUCGAAAGCGUAUUGGCCAUCAACCCAGGCUCACUAUCAAAGAGGCGUGGACCGGGAACGUAUGCUCGCAUGACGCUCUACCCUCCACCGUUGGAUGGAGAAGUCAUAGAUGGCUUGAUCAGUCAUAGGGUCUUUGACAGGGCGCGGGUAGAGAUUGUGAGGAUAUAGAAUGACAGGA